UAUUGUUCUCAGUAGAACCGAAGGUUCGAGCCGGAACCCCUUUUGAUAAUAUGCUCAAUUUCGUCAUAGCGAAUACUCAGGAAGCCCAAAAAGCUAGAAAUCACUACUUGCUUUGAAACUGCGUCUAUUUUCCUUCUUUGUCAUCAACAACACGAGUGUCUGUCCUCACACAAUUGUGGCUUUAUUAAUUUUGUGCAGCUGUUUUAGUGACUGAAUCCUUUUCGGUCUUGCUUCAAUUCUCCCCCAGAAACCAGGUUACUGGCCGAACUUUUCACAAUAUCUUCUUCGAUUCUUACCUCUCUCUCUCUCUCUUCUCUCAAUAAUUUUACUUAGUAGAAUUAAUUAAUGUUGUACGGCUCAGAUAUAUCAUCGAAGAAUUAAUGGCUGCUGAACUGGCUACAUCCGUUGCUACUAGUGUGGCGGGAAACCUGGUGGAGCGAUACGUGGUGAACCCAGCAUUAAGUAAUCUUCGUCACGUGUUUUGUUUUCAAAGCGUUGUUGAAGAAUUCAAGGAACAGAAACAAAAAUUUUCAUCGGCACAAGCUCGGCUGCAAAAUGAUAUUAAGGAGGCCAAGAGGAAAAUUCUAGAUAUUGAUCAGGAUGUAAUGGACUGGCUAGAAGAGGCAGAUCAAGUUCAGAAAGAAGUAGAAAAUCUGGAAAAUGAGAUACAGGAAAAUAAGACAUGUCUCACUUGGUGUCCUAAUUGGAGCUGUCGUUACAGGCUAAGUAAGAAAACAGCAGAGCAGACGCUUCGGAUGGCUAAACUUGUAGAGACUACUUCAAAAUUUGAUCCCAGUCGCAUAGGCCAUCGCGCCACUCUUCCCAACAUAGAGUUUCUCUCAUCUAAGGAUUUCAUGCCUUCUAAAUCUUCAAAAUCUGUUUUAAAUCAGAUCUGGGAGGUGCUGAAGAAUGAUACUGUGAAUGUGAUUGGAGUGCAUGGGAUGGGAGGGGUGGGCAAGACGACGUUGGUCAAACAAGUGGGAAAGAAAGCUGAAGAAGUGAAGCUUUUCGAUAAAGUUGUGAUGACUACCGUGUCCCAAAAUCCAAACAUUGACAAAAUUCAAGAUGAGAUAGCAGAUCGCUUGGAUUUCGAGUUUGAUAAGAAAAGCGAACAUGGGAAAGCACGGCAAUUAUGGCGGGAAUUGAAACAUGUGGAGAGAAUUCUCAUAAUUGUUGAUGAUCUUUGGGAGUACAUUGACUUGACAGAUAUUGGGAUUCCCGUCGGUGAACAUCACACGGGUUGUAAAAUUCUUUUGACAACGCGUCUUCGACAAGUAUGUUCUUAUAUGAGUUGCCAGAGGAUGAUUGACCUUGACGUUUUAGAAGAGGAUGAAGCAUGGGAAUUGUUCCAAAAAAAUGCAGGUCUAACUCAAGACUCUGAAAGUCCCGGCUUGCUUGAUGUAGCAAGGGAAGUUGCCAGAGAAUGCAGGGGUUUGCCUCUUGCAAUUGUAACCAUAGGAAGGGCCCUAAAACAUAAAACUCGCGAUGCAUGGACAGUGGCUAAUAAGCGACUCAAAGACUGCCGCCACUCUGACAAUCCUGAUUUCUAUGAAGACAUUUAUAGACGUCUCAAGAUUAGUUAUGAUUUUUUGAAGGGAGAAAAUAUCCAGGCAUGUUUCUUAUUGUGUUCCCUUUUCCCGGAAGAUUAUGAUAUUAGGAUUGAAGAUUUGACCAGAUUUGGAGUUGGGCAAGGAUUGUUUCAUGAUGCUAGCUCAAUUGAUGAUGCAAGGACGGAGAUGCGUGCAAAGCGAGAAGACCUCCAAAGCUCAGGUUUGUUGUUGGAUAGUAGUAAACAUAAAUGUGUGAAAAUGCAUGAUGUGGUUCGUGAUUUUGCUCACUGGAUAAUGUCAAAAGGAGACAAAGUGUUCAUGGUAAAAGCCGGCCGUGGGUUGAAGGAGUGGCCUAGGAGUGAAAGUUUCGAAUGUUUCACAGCAAUCUCCUUGAUGAACAACAAAAUAGAGAGGCUUCCUGAUGGACUGGAAUGCCCAAAGCUUGAAACCCUGUUACUCGGUGGAGAUGGUUCAACCAAAGUUUCAAGUGCUUUUUUUGAAGGAAUGAAAGCCCUCAAAGUUUUAACCCUGGAAAGUGUUCUGUUGUCACUUGAAGGACUUCAAGUGUUGACAAAUCUUCGAACUCUGCGCUUGGAAAAGUGCAAGCUCGAAAACGUUUCAUCAUUGGCGAAAUUGAAGAAACUUGAGAUUCUAGACCUUCGCGGUUCUCAUAUUUACGAGCUACCGAUUGAGCUCAGGGAAUUGACUGCGCUUCGAUUGCUGGAUCUUUCAACAUGCGCAAUGCUUCAGAGGAUUCCCCUUAACUUGCUCCCAAGAUUGGUGUCCCUAGAGGAGCUAUACAUUGAUUAUCCUAGCUUUGAACAAUGGACAACUGAAGAAAAAAGUGCUGAGGGAAGCAAUGCCAGCCUAUCAGAGCUAUAUCAAUUGCCCCAUUUAAGUGCACUCACAUUGUGCAUUCGUUCUAAAUUUCUGUCAAAGUAUUUUGUGUUCCCAAACUUAGAGAGGUACGCGAUAGUGGUAAAUAAAUGGCAACACGAUCAUUAUCCCACCUCUAAAACCUUGAAAAUCAAGGAAUCCUCGUUAAAUGCAUUUAAUAAGUUGCUUCUCACUGUGGAAGAUCUUUCUCUGGAUAGCAUAACAGGUUACAAGAAUCUCAUUCCAGUAUUGGAUCGACGAGGGCUCCAGAAGUUAACUUUUCUUGAACUUCAAGAUUGCAAGGAUAUCCAAUGUCUGAUUGAUACGACUCAGCACCAAGUGCCUACCCCUGCAUUCUCUAAUUUGGUGAAAUUGACCAUGAGCAAUAUGGUUUCUCUGAAACAGUUAUGCAAUGGUCCGCCUCCUAAACAGUUUCUGCAAAAAUUAGAAGAGCUCACAAUAAGAAAUUGCAUGGACAUGAUCUCUGCAGUUCCAGGGGUACAAAAUCUAAGAGAGGUGAGAAUUAAAGAUUGUGGUCAGUUGCAAGUGGUAUUUGAAAUGGAUAAGCUUCUUCAUGCCAACCAAGAAAAUGAGCCACCAUUGCUCUCAAAUUUGAUACACUUGGAGUUAGAGUUAUUACCAGAAUUAUGGUGCAUAUGGAAAGGGCCGACUCAUCACGUAGGGCUCCAAAGUCUAAAGGUUGUACGAGUACAACAUUGUGACAGAUUGACAUCUUUGUUCUCGCCAUCCCUUGCUCAAAGUUUGAGUGAGCUUGAAGAACUGGAGAUACUCCAUUGCCCGGAACUGAAGCAAAUCUUCGCUGAAUUCGAAGAAGAUGAUGAAAUAUCACCAAACUCUUUUUUGCGUCCUUCACAUUUGCCAAACUUAACAACGAUUAAGAUAAUUGAUUGUUCUAGAUUGGAAUAUGUCUUCCCGAUGUCAAUGGCCGAAGGACUUCCACAGUUGAAAAGCCUUUGCAUAAUUGAUUCCUGUCAAUUACAACAAAUAUUCAGCACUGCAAAGGAGAAGGAUGAAAAGGACAUUGUGCUCUCACAGUUGAAAUCAUUAGUGCUUCAAAAUUUGAUGCAUUUGAAGAGUUUCUGUCCGGAAAACUGUUUUAUUACAUUGCCAUCUUUGGAAAAGUUGAAAGUGUAUAGAUGUCCCCAACUGACUCAUUUUACCGGUCAACUACCAGCUACGAUGUUAGCUCAACUAAAGGAGCUGAGCCUCUUUAAGGUUGGGAAUAAUAGCCAAUUGUACAAUAGUGUUGGCCCCCAAUUGAGACAGAGGUCAUCCGAGUCAGAAUAUUUGACAAUUGGGAAUUGUCCAGAGAUAUUUCAACUUCAAGGUGGAUACCUCCUUCUCAAUCUAAAGGCACUACACUUAGAGGACUUAUCUGAGUUACAGGUUAUAUGGAAAGGUCCCAGCGAAUUAGCAAGCGUUCAAAAUCUCACAAUUUUGAUGUUGAUUGACUGCAAGAGUUUGAGAUAUGUGUUCCCACCUAUGCUUGCCCAACAUUUAUCAAAUUUGAGCUUCCUGUGUGUGAAGGGAUGUGAGGCAUUAGAGCAAAUAAUUUGUGAGGGCCAAAGUUCAACAUCGACAUCAAAUGUUCCUCUUCAACCUACAAGCUUCCCUAAUUUAAGGAAAACAUGGAUCAUAGGUUGCAACAGCUUGAAAACUCUCUUCCCUAUUAGUGUUGCUCAUUGUCUUCUCAAACUUGAAGAGUUCAAAGUAGAAGGAGCUUCUAAAUUAGAGCAAAUAUUUGGACAUGAAGAUGAGACAGACCUCAAAGAUGAGAAAGAGAUGUUACUUCCUCAACUGAAACGGUUAUUCCUUAAAAGGCUACCUAGCCUCGCAAGGUUCAUACCGGAGUGUUAUCAUUUUGUGUUCCCAACAUUGGAAUACUUGGAAGUAAAAGAAUGUUCGAAGAUCACAACAAGUUUUCUUGUUGAUUCAGAAUUUUCGAUGCCUGCUCAAACGAAGGAGUUUUGCCUCUUUAAUAUCGGAAAUAAGAACCAACAGAGUGCCACCAUUGUCUCUGAAUUGGGACAAAAGUCACCAAAUUUGGAAUAUUUGACUGUUUGGAAUCAUGAGAAGACAUUUCAGGCUCAAGGUGGACAUACUCAUUCAAGUCUAAGGGUACUGCGAUUGGAGACUCUGCCUGAAUUGUGCAUUAUAUGGAAGGAUCCUCUCCACCAUGUAACCCUUGGAAAUCUUAUUAAAUUGAAGGUCAUCGGUUGCAGGAGCCUGAGACAUGUUUUUUCACCUACGAUUGCUCAGAAUUUGUUGCACUUGAAAUAUCUGAAGAUUUGGGGAUGCGAAGCACUGGAGCAAAUCAUUGCCGAGGAUCAAACCUCGUCAUCACAUGUUCAUCUCCAAGUAUGUUUCCCCAAUCUGAUCAGGUUGCAAAUUGGAAAGUGCAAAAACUUGAAACGCCUAUUUCCUGCUAGUUUUGUUGGUUAUCUUUCAAAGCUCAGAUAUCUCAUAAUUCAAGAGGCCUUUGAAUUGGAGCAUUUAUUUGGACAUGAAGAUGAAGCAAGCACCGAAGAUGGGAAGGACAAAAAGAUGGUCCUCCCUCAGUUAGAAGUACUAUUCCUUGGGAAUUUGCCCAGCAUCUUGAGCUCCACCCCUGAGGGUUAUCAUUUUAUAUUCCAAUCCUUACGGUCUUUAACGAUAGAAGAAUGUCCCAAGAUGGCUUCAACUUUUACGGUUGAUUCAAAUCUUUUUGUUCACGCCAAAACAGAGGCAUUCCAACUUGUUGAGAAAGAUACGAAGAAAAGUACUACCGCGAUCCAAGGAAUCGAAGAUGCAACAAACAGGCAUUCCAGCAAAGACAUUUAUUGGUAUCGUUGGUAUCAACCGAAUGUACUACCUCCGUACAUGGAAGAACCAGGAGAAAAUUUCUCACACUAAAGUACAAAAAUAUUGCCUUCGGAACAUAAGUGGUUAGGCUCCAGAGUUCAGAAUGCAGAGAUCAUAAAUUCUUCUCCUUUCCUUUUUCUCAUCAAGUGUGGUCUGCUAUUUUGCAACUGUCCCAGAUAAACAGAUCAGUUGGUACUUGGUUCAAUGGGCUAUCAUAAUCUCAAGGGGAAGUCCAUUGUCCUACAUCCAGUUUGCCACUACUUUGCAAUAUCAGCUCUUUGCCAUCUUUUGCAGUGUUUUGUUUCAGUUCAAUGUUCUGUAUUUUGUAAACUUCGGUUGUUCCUUUCCUUUGGUUUUUCCUAGCAGCUUGUUUGUUUUGCAGCAGGACUCCUUUCUUUGGAUGAAUAAAAGAAGCUUUUUCUUAAAAAA